ACUUGAAGGUAGCACGGGGCAACACAGUAACCAUUGGCGCUGUAGUGUCUGUGAUGGUUGUGUUUUUUUCCUCACUUGGUGAAACGGUGUCGAAUUUUAAAUCUGAAUCGUAAUAUUCACGACUUCUCUCUUGGGUGCUUCACAUCUGUGGAUUGCGCCGUCCACAUUACAAAGAACGAAGAUGACAUCUAAAAUAAAAGUCGGGAAGGUCGGCUCCAAGAAUAAGGAGGACGCCCCGUACGAGCUUGAGAGCCAGUUUGUCCUGAGGCUGCCUUCGGAGUAUGCUUCAACUGUGAGAAGGAUCGCCCAGUCUAGCAGUAUGAACAUGAAAGACCGACUCACCAUUGAGUUGCACCCCGACGGUCGUCAUGGCAUAGUCAGAGUCGACCGUGUCCCUUUGGCCUGCAAACUGGUGGAGCUACCCUGUAUGAUUGAGUCUCUGAAGACUGUGGACAAGAAGACAUUUUACAAAACUGCUGAUGUCUGUCAGAUGCUGGUGUGUACACUAGAUGGAGACCUUUACCCUCCUUUAGAGGAGCCAACUGGCACCGACCCCAAGAGCAAGAAAAAGGACAAAGACAAGGACAAGAAAUUUGUGUGGAACCACGGCAUCACCUGCCCCCUGAAGAACACACGCAAGAGAAGAUUUCGGAAGACUGCGAAAAAGAAGUACAUUGAAUCUCCUGAUGUGGAAAAGGAGGUGAAGAGAUUGCUGAGCACAGAUGCUGAUGCUGUCAGUGUCCGGUGGGAAAUAAUAGCAGAAGAUGAGUCCAAGGAGGCAGAGCAGCACGGCUCUCUGGCAAACCUGGACUCCUCCCCCGGCACCUCGGGACACAAGAUGGGUCAUGGGUCCUCUGCCCAGCGUGACGAACUGAGGGAGAUCUUCAAUGACAUCAGCAGCUCCAGUGAGGACGAGGAGGACGAAGGGGAUCGGCACGAAGACGAAGACCUGAAUAUCAUGGACACGGAGGAUGAUCUGGUCCGACAACUCCAGGAGAAACUCAACGAGUCUGAUUCUGCUCAGCAUGAAAGCGACAGAAACAACCAGAUAGUUAUGGAGUAUCAGGUGCAGAUCAACAGCGUCAAGGCCAAGCUUCAGGAUACUCGCGCCCGGAAGAAACAACAGGAGGAGCUCAUUAUGAAAGUGGAAAACCAGGCUCUCAAAAACCGUUUCCAGGCCUUGUUGGACGAGAUUAUUCAGCAGGAGGAGCGGGAGAUGGAGCAGCUGGCCUCCCUGCAGGAGCAGCUGGACUCUCUGAUAGAGAAGUGACCACCAGGGGGCAGCCUGAUGUCAUCCUCGACCACAUGUCUCUCACACACAUACACACGCACACACACACGCACACACACACACACACACACACGCACACACACACAUACACACACACAGACACACAACACACAAUGAAGACGAGCAGGCCUUCCUCAUCCAGGGAGGAAAGAGUCUUUAUUUCCUAACUUGUUGUGUCAUUCGUUUCAAUUUGUCAUUUUUCAUACGUUACAAAUGCAGCAUAAAGAUUUUUUGUAUUAAAAGUGAAUAGCUUUUAUUAGGUUGACCGACUUUGUUGUUACUUACUAUCAGAUGAACGUGUUUGUUCAGCUCAAAGGAGGUGAAUGUGGAGUCUGUUUUGCUUUCCAUCCUGAAGAACAAAAUCUUAACAUUUCAUUGCCUGUAUGAAGAAUAAAUUACAGUGAUACACAAGA